UCAGUUGACGUUUGGCUGCGGAUGAGCAAAGAAUGAAAACGCUUGCAGUGGUGACCGGUUGUGUGCUGGCCUUGGCAUUCGUCCAAGCCGGUUCCUAUCAUGAAUUUGAGGUGUACAAUGUGCGUCCGGAAACGCGCGAACAGCUGACGGAGCUGUUGAAAUGGCGUAAUGUGGAGGAGGAUGCAGACUUUUGGGACACACCACGGUUGGGCCGCAAUGCACGCCUAAUGGUGACGCGGGAAGCUCAUAAACGGGUGGAAGAAUUUCUGGAAAAGCAUGACAUCGAGUACGAUCUGGUGGCAGAGGAUGUGCAGGAAUUGCUUAACCGGGAACAGCGACGCAAUGUGGAGCACGGUCGGCGAUUGAAACGUGACUCAAACUCACGUGCCACAGUGAACUUUGAACAUUUCUGGACGCUGGCCGAAAUCUACGACUAUUUGGAUGAGUUGGCGGUGGCUUACAAUGGGCUGGUGCGUGUAUCAGAGAUCGGCAGGACAUACGAAGAUCGUCCCAUCAAGGCCAUCACUAUCUCGACCCAGGGUACCAUCGAUCAGACCCGUCCCAUUGUGUUUAUGGAUGGUGGUAUUCACGCCAGAGAAUGGGCCGGCGUUAUGUCGGUGUUGUACAUGAUCCACGAGUAUGUCGAGCAUUCGGAAGACUAUGCCGAUCAGCUGUCAAACACGGACUACGUCAUCGUACCGGUAGCGAACCCGGACGGGUAUGUCUACACGCACGAACAAAACCGACUCUGGCGCAAGAAUCGUUCGCCGGGUAAUGUGCUGUGCUACGGUGUCGAUCUGAACCGCAACUUCCCGUUCAUGUGGGAUCGUACCACGACCGAGUGUACGAACAACUUCGCUGGACAUGCGGCAUCGUCGGAAAACGAAACUAAAGCCAUCAUUGGGCUGAUGGACCAGUACAAGGCAGCGAUUCGGGUGUACCUGGCCGUCCACACGUACGGUGAGAUGAUUCUGUGGCCCUGGGGUUACGAUUUCCAGCAUGUACCGAAUGCGGACGAUCUGCAACGUUUGGGUGAGCAGGCAAGGGAUGCACUGGUGGCAGCUGGUGGUCCAGAGUAUGAGGUUGGCAACUCGGCGGAUAUCCUCUACACGGCUACCGGGGCUACGGAUGAUUAUGCAUACAGCCUCGGCGUUCCGUACUCGUACACAAUCGAGCUGACUGGAGGCGGUACGCAAGGGUUCGAUCUACCGGCUACCGAUCUGCCACGCGUUACAUCACAAACGUUCGAGCUGCUGAAGGUAUUUGGACGACAUGCCGGCACACUGUCGUUGACUCCGUAAGCUUCCUAUCAGGGAAGGCGCUAAUCAGAGGUCGAUUGAUUGUUGAUUGGCUUCUCAAUUGUAUCAGCUAGCUCGAUUUCAUUGAGUAACACAAU